ACGGGGGUUUCCUUGUCUUUGACUGGAGACCAACUAGCAGAGAGGCGGAUGAUAACAGCAUCCUUUGCUGUUAUUCAGCCAGCACGCAUCUCAAUGAACUGCUCGCAGAGAAGCCACUGAUCGUGCCUUCUGCUUUUUGCAGGGCAGAGAUACUGAUCAGUGUCUAAAAACUGCAUCCCUUUUUCUUAUGAGAUUAUUUUUUCAUAGACUUUUUUUAUUUUAUUUGAAGGUCUCUGUAGCCUGUCUCUUUCCACCAUGGUGCUAGGAAAGGUAAAGAGCUUCACAGUAAGCUACGACUGUCUCAAUGACAGCAAUGUUCCCGUUUUCUCCAGCGGGGACAGCGUCUCAGGAAGGGUGAUUAUCGAAGUCACUGGAGAGAUCCGUGUGAAAUCUCUCAAAAUCCACGCAAAAGGAUUUGCAAAAGUUCGUUGGACUGAAUCGAGAAAUGCUGGAUCCAACACUGCCUACACGCAAAACUACACAGAAGAAGUGGAAUAUCUAAACCACAAAGAUAUCUUAAUUGGACACGAGAGAGACGAUGACAACUCUGAGGAAGGACUCACCACUAUUCAUUCAGGAAGACAUGAGUAUGCAUUCAGCCUUGAGCUUCCACAGACACCUCUGGCUACCUCUUUUGAAGGGAAACAUGGCAGUGUGCGCUAUUGGGUGAAGGCAGAACUCCACAGGCCAUGGCUUCUGCCCAUGAAGACCAAGAAGGAAUUUACAGUCUUUGAGCACAUUGACAUCAACACUCCAUUAUUGUUGUCACCACAGGCCGGCACAAAAGACAAGACUCUUUGCUGUUGGUUCUGCACCUCAGGUCCUAUUUCCCUAAGUGCCAAAAUUGAAAGGAAGGGAUAUACCCCAGGAGAGUCGAUCCAGAUCUUUGCUGAGAUUGAGAACUGCUCUUCCCGCAUGGUGGUGCCGAAGGCAGCCAUCUACCAGACACAGACAUUCUAUGCCAAAGGGAAGAUGAAGGAGGUCAAGCAGCUGGUGGCCAACCUGCGGGGAGAGUCUCUGUCCUCGGGCAAAACAGAGACCUGGAGUGGCAAAAUGCUGAAGAUCCCACCUGUCUCACCCUCUAUCCUGGACUGCAGCAUUAUCAGGGUAGAGUACUCCCUCAUGGUGUACGUGGACAUACCUGGGGCAAUAAACCUGUCCCUGAACCUGCCCCUGGUCAUCGGAACCAUCCCUCUCCACCCCUUCGGCUCCCGUACCUCCAGUGUCAGCAGCCAGUGCAGCAUGAGCUGGCUGGGCAUGGGUCUGCCCGAGAGGCCUGAAGCUCCUCCAAGCUAUGCAGAAAUUGUGACAGAAGAACAGAGGCAGAGCAGUCUGGAUGUCCCAGCAGCCCGUGAGGAGCUGGACGGACCUCUCUUCGCCUAUAUUCAUGAGUUCCGCUUCCAGCCUCCUCCUCUGUACUCUGUGAUCGAUCCUAACCCACAUCAUGCCAGCUGUGUAGAGGAGCGCAGGAUCGACGCCUGUCCAUCGCGCUGAUGGCUAUUCUUGAAAUUCCCAUGACUCUGGGGAAACUCGAAGUAACCUGCUUGCAAAGCUCAGCUUUGUUUAUUUUUCUCCAACAACACAACGCUGUUGAAGUCAAGAGAAAAACAAAGCAUCCAACAAACCAACAAAUACUUGGACAAAUACCCACAGUUGAGUUGGGUUGGACAAAUCUGUUCCCGCCUUCCCUCAGAAGGAGAAACAGGAGCCACUAGUUUGGGGGAACCACCUCCUUCCUGUGUCAGCCUGCUGAGGGUGGGAAAUGUACAGAUGAACACAUAUUCAGUCUGUACGAAAAACCCCACUAGUAGUGAGAGCCCUGGUGAUCCUAUUGACAAUGAAAGAAAGAAUCAGCCAGGCUCGACCUGCCAAGCUUCUCUUUAACCCUUGAUUCUUCUGUACUCAUGGCACAUAAGGACAUGGCUCCUCACACAAAGGGUAGGACUAAUCAUGUCCAGACUUCAGCAGAAUCAGAAUCACCUAAAGAAAACGGGAUGAAAAGAGAAAAAUAACCACCACGUUCUAACCACCAUAGUCGGAAUGAAUGACAGCAUUCGGCAGUCAACAACAGAGCAAAGACUAGGCCCUUCUGUCUCAUUUGGGAUUUUGUUUUGCACAUUUUCUUCUUUACUUGAGUUGUGUGGCUCCAUUUAAUGAGAAUUAAAAAAAAAAAAUAAAAAAAUCACUAAUAGUUUGGUUUCAGCCUUGUAGUGCACCAGACUAAGAAUAUGAGACUGCAGGCUUAACUUUUAAGACUUUCAUUUGCAUAACUUUGAGCAGCUUUGAUUUUGAAAAAAAAAAAAAGACUGAAAAGGACAAGAACAAUGCACUGAAUUCGUUUUAAGCUGUUCGUUUAAGGAUUUUCUUCUUCUCCUAAUGACAUUUCCUCAGUGACUUCUACAACUAGGCUGGACUUCUACAGCAACUGCAGCACACUAUCUUGAUCUGAAAGCUCUUUAAGCUUUUGCCUCCUCAGUUUGGAUCCAACUGUGGCUUCCCUCCUCUUUUAGUCUAGUUCUGUCAUUCUGUUUAUGUAUUUAGCUCCAAUCAUAAAAUAGCUUUUAGUGUUUUUUUGUGUUGCGCUUGUUCUGGAUUUGGACUAGGAGGGUUGCAGACCUGCAUUUGCCACUCGCAUUGUAGUUGUAGAGAAAAGUGAGUGUGUGUGUGACUCACAGAGGGUGGUACAUUGUCGAGGGUUCACCCUGAUUGCCUGCAGCCCCUCUACUCCCAAUCUCAGGGUAAACCAGGCUUGCAUAACUGCCCAAAAAGCAUUGUCUCAGGUGGUCUUCUCACUUGCCAAACGGUUGGAGGGGGGGGAGAAAAUUGUUAUAGGUUUUCUUUUAAAUUGCACUGUUAAAAAUAAUGAAGAGGGUUUUUGUUUUUUUUUUUCACUACCAAAACGAGAGAAUAGCAAGGCAGCUUUCUGAGAUUAAUCACAUUCCCUUUUUGUCCUGCUGCACUUGCCCAGUUCAUCCAACCAACAGUUAGAUUUUACCAGACCAGUGAAGCCAGAAUGCUAGCUAUAAAAAAGAAAGAAAGAAGGAAUGACACUGCUUCUGCAUUAAAGAAGCAAACCCAGCACAAAUAAAAAGCUGGGGAUGUUGCUAAACCUCUGAGACUGGUCAGAACAAGUAGUAGUAGUAGUAGUAGUAGUAGUAGUAGUAGUAGUAGUAGUAGUAGUAGUAGUAGGUUGACAUGAGUAAUACAUUUGUUUUCUAGCUCAUUCAACACUAAAGACCAGCUGCAGCAGAGGUUUGACAUAGUCAGGAAAAAGGAAAAGCAGCACCUUUUUGAUAAGAAAAUAAGACAAGGGAAAAAAAGCAUUCAAUGGUGAAGGUCUGGAGAAGAACCAUUUGGUACUAACCAUGUUAUACUAGAGGAUUUUUCACUAAAGCAUUGUUGUGUAGGAAGUUAAUGUAUUAUUUUAAUUUUUUUUGUUAGAUUAGUGACUUUUUAAAAAAAGUUUAAACGUAACUGACACCAGUUUGUAUGUGGUGUGUGUGUGUGCACGCUCUUAUCGAGAUCCAGCUGACAAGUUAAUAUACAGCUUCUGACAGUAAUCAACAAACUGCGGAUUAUUAAAGUGAUCUUAUCUUAGUGGCCUUGACAAAGAAAAGACCUGAUCAUGAUUCUUCAUUUUUCACUGUCUGUGCUAACUCUUGUUCUCCUUAUGUUAUGUUUGUACACAUCUGUAUGUUUUUGACCUUUCCAUGUUCAAAAGGACAAAAAGGGAAGGGGGGGAUAAAGAAGCAAGUGUGAAAACAUGACAUCCUGGACUAGCCUCUUGAUUGUGUUAUGUUUCUGAAGCUGAUGAGGGUUGUUUAUAAUUUUUGCCCCCCCCCCCCUGUAUUCCUGGGCAUUGAUUUUGUUUGCUUCCCAGUUUAAUAAGCGACCUUUCUGAGUUAGUUUCCCGGAUCUCUCUGAUCCCCCUCAGGCUUGGGGUUGGCAGCUGUUGAUCAGCACCCAACGCCCCCGCCAAACAUUUAGGUAACAGCAGACAGACCACUUCUUCCACGGUAAACCCAUGUUCUACUUUUUUGCAGUUCUUUGUUUUGAUGGUAUCUUGGGGAAACUGAAUCAAGCUACACGGUAAUGAAUAAGCUCACAUUCGUUUCAGGUUGGUCAAUUCCAUAGUCCAUUUGCUUGGGCAUCAGAGUAGUCCAGUGUCAAAACUAAGCUAAACUCCUGACCUAAUAAAGGCAGGAACUGAAAUGUUCAGAGAUAAAGAACCUGGGAGACAGGAUCUGCAACAUUUUAGAAACAAAGUGCAAUAUCACUCACUGAAUUUUCUUCAUUCUCCAUUUGUGUUUGUAUUUAUCUUUUUUUUUUGUCUGUUAAUCAUAUGGUGUAUAGAUAUUCCAUGAAUAUGCUAUGUUCUCAAUGAUUUAACCUUUUGUCUAGUUCUUCCUUUUGAUUUGAAUAAACGUUUUGUUCUAAACUACAAA